ACAAAAACAGCUUCGCCUUUCACAUGUCAGCUUAUCGCCUUUCAUUGCUCAUAUGCUCUCUGCCUGGAGCUCAUGCUGUUACCGGAUAUCUAGACGACGGGCGGCCGCUUUGCCUCUUCUCGCUCGUUUCCAACCCGUUUUCACGAAGUUUGUAAUGACCGUACUGAAGUUUGAAACUUUUCUAAAAUCUAUAAUCGCUAAAAAGUGACCGAGGAUAAUGUAUUAUCAGUUAGUGGCAUGAAACGAAGCGGCUCAUUCCUCUGGUUUCACAAAGGAGCGGUGGUUUCCUCAGGUGUCAAGCGGCUAUCCUCGGAGUCCGGUCACAUCACCGAGCACCGGGCGGCGACAACACCCGCUAAGUAGCCUUUACUCGGGGAAGGGGGAAACCCAGCGAGGCCACCAGCACCAUCAGCAGCACCACCUUCACCAUGGCGAGCGACGACUGUAGGAAAGAAGACUUGCUGGAGGAUAGCCGCACAGACUCGGGCAUUGACUCGUACCGCUCCAUGCUGAAGUCGGAGGAGCCCCGGGAGCCGAGCGCCGACUUCAGCGGGCCGAGGGACAAGCUCUCUACCGGGGAGGAGCGCCUGGACUCGGCGUAUAGCUCCUCGUCCAUCACGGUGGAGAGUCUGUCAGAGAUAGUGGGGGGCUGCACGCUCUCCAGCGCCAAGGAGGAGCAAGCACAGAGCUCUGAACUCUCUGAACAGGAGGAGAACUUGCUCACGACUAUCACUGAAGAUGGAGACACAAUCCUGCAUUUAGCAAUAAUCCAUGAAGAGGAAUUCAUCGCCCAACAGUUGAUACAGCUAUUCCCAAAAGAAGUCCUGGACAUCCAGAACAAUCUAUACCAGAGCCCUUUGCACCUGGCCACCUACCUGAACCUCACAAACGUGGUGAAGGACCUGGUGGACAAAGGGGCCAGUCUGGAGCUGCAGGACCAGGAGGGCAACACAGCGCUUCACGUGGCCUGCCAACACGGGCAGACGGAGUGCGCCACCGAAAUGACCAGAGAGGUCUCGCCCAGCAAGCUGGCACCGGUCCUCGAGACCCAGAACUGGAGAGGUCUCGCCUGUCUUCACUUGGCUGCACUGAACAGGCAACAUCACAUUAUCAAGCUCCUGGUGAACAAGGGAGCAGACCUGAAUAUCCAGGAAGGAACCAGUGGCAAAACAGCUCUUCAUCUCGCCGCUGAGCUGCAUGACAUAACAUCGGUGAAGCUGCUGCUCAGCAGAGGCGCCAACGUGGAUGCCGCCAUGUUCAACGGCUGCACGCCCCUGCACCUCGCGGUGGGCAGACAGGACGCCAACAUCGCCAACCUCCUCUGCCAGUCUGGCGCGGACACAAUGCUGCGAAACAUGGAGGAUGAAACAGCGCUGGAUCUGGCCGACGGCAACGAUGAUAUCCUGGCUCUAUUUCCCUUUGAUGACAUCCAGAUCUUGGGGAGGUCGGUGGUCAGUGUGAAGUUCUGAGCUGAAUCGUAGGCUUAACAACAGUGUUGUAAUUGUCUGAAGCUUCACUGCGGCUGGAACAUUUUGAUUUAAAACAAACAAAAAAAAGCUGUAUUUGAGCUCAAGUUCUUGUUGAAUAGUGCCUUAAUUUGUAGUAUAUUCUGAUUCGUCCUGUAUUUAUCCAUUAUCUAGACAAAUAUGCACACCAUAUAGAGUUUACUUUCCUGAUUCUUGAUUCUGUGCCUGAUAUAAAAAAAAUCCAUGUCUCUGAGUCAUUGGUUCAGUAAUUCUGCUUCUUUCCGCAUGCCUCUGGAGGGGUUGGGACAAACACCACCUCAAUGACAGUGCCAAACUUUUCUUUCAACAUGUUCAAUAUCCAUAAAUAAUUCUACCUCUCUGUCACAUGUCACCUGGUUUUGUGGGCGAGGAAUUGAACAUUCAAAUUGCUUUGUUUCACAGUUUCUCAAACUUUAUCGGUGCAAUGAUUGUAUUUGUAUUGUAAUAUGUUUUUGUUAUUUUUUUUAAUGCAUGUGGCCUUUAAUUAUAGCCACAGAAAAACUUUUUGAUGCAAUCAGGCAGAUUAAAAUUAAUAUUCAAUUUACUAAAUGUAAACUGUGUCCCAAAGAGACCUGCAAUUGUACAGAGACAAACUAAUCACAUCCCUUGUAUUUGUUAGAAAACUGAUAGCCCAUAUAAAAAUGUAAUAUAUAACACAAAAUGCAGCUUUAUCCUUUUGAUUUCUGAGGUUUGCUUCUUCAUGUCGUGAAGCAGUUUUCUCUAUUUAUCUCCUCCUAUCCUUCAUCUGCUGUAAACUGUUCCUCUACUCCUGAAUUGUAAUUACACAGCCCUGUCUAGUUAAUAUGAGCAGUUUGUUUAUUUUGUAAUAAAAUGGGAGAA